CAGCAUCGCCUACUCGCCUGAAUUCAUUUGCUCCGACAGCUUGUCAGGAACCGGAUAUUUUGUAAACAACUAAGCAAAGGGUUAAUUAAUUUUGCUCACUUUUUUCUUCUUCCUGCAUUUCUUCAUCAUUUUAUCUUAUCAAAAAUACAUAUUCAAUUGCAAUAGUAAAUUCAAUCUUAUUUUAUUUAAUAAAUUUAUUUAAGGAUUAAUCAUGAAUCGGAAAGGUAAUAAAAAGAAUAUAUAUAUAUUUGUAUUGAUAUAAUUAUUAAAAUAUAUUAUUGUAAGAUUUAAAAAUGCAUAUAAUAAUUAUUUUUUUUUAUUUAUCACGUAAUAACUUUUUAGAAUACUAAUUCAUGAAAUUAUAAAUAUGAUAAAUAAGAAUUAAAAAAUUCACGAUAAUCAACGAUAAUUUAUCUAUUAAAAUCAUUAGUCACGUGAUCUAGAUAUAGAGAAUUCGUUUUAAAAGUUUCUCUUAGUUUUUUCUAGUAAUAAUUUCUUACAAUAUAUAUAAUAAUAUGUGACAUUAUAUUAUGUAUUUAUAAAUAUUUAAGAAUACAUUAAUAGAUAAUAUAUUAUUUAAAACUGAUAAUUAUCAUUUAUUUAAUUAUCUCAGUAAUUAAUUGUGAAGCCAUUAAUAUAAAUAUAAUACAUAUUUAUGAAAAUUAAGUUAUUAAAUCAAAAUAAGAAAUAAAUAAUUAGUUUUAAUUAAUUAAUAUUUUUAAUUAUUCCAUUUUCGAAUGUUAUGUAAUAAUGUGUGUGUGUGUGUGUGUGUGUGUAUAUAUUAACCGCAUGAUAUUUGAAAAUAGAAUUGAAAAACAUAUUUACUUUUUAUUUAUUUGAAGAUAUAUAUAUUAUUUUGAAAUAAUUAUAUAUCUUUAUUUAAUAAUUUAUUAGAAUUUAGUAAUAUCUAUUAUCUAAUUUAAUAUCUAAUAUAUAUCUAUCUAUUAUCAAAUAUGUAUAAUUUAAUAUCUAUUAUAAUAUUUUUUAUCAUAAUAUCUUUCUGUUAUGAUGAUUUUAAAAAAUCAUUGAAUUGAUACUAAUAAUGUACAUGUAUUAUUUGAAUUUAGCGGUCAUAAUGUUUCUAAAUGAAAGUGAAAAACUUCAAGAAUGUGUUUUAGUAUAAUAUAGUGAACUUCUGUUUUAGUAUAGUAUAGUAUAGUAUACUCAAAACUUGCGAGACUAAAUUAUUUUGUUAUAAAUUAAAGUAUAUAUAUUUAAAAUAUAUUAAUUUAAUUUAAAUAUAAUUUAAAUAAUAAUUUAUAUAUAAUUAUGUAAUAUAUAUAUAUAUAUAUUCGUAUAUUAAACAAAAAUAUUCAUGCAUUUAAAAAACACACGUGAGUGAAUUUUAUUACUUAAAAAAAAUAAGAAUGGCACGUAAAAAAUCAUUUCGUGGAAAAAGAAAAUUUCAUCGUUAUAAUGAUCGACCAAAGCCAAAAAAAAAUAAAUUUAACUUAAAAGAUUCAACAUAUGUCAAAGAUCGCGAUAUUAAAAAUAGGGAAAUUGAAAAACGUAGACAAAUGUUAGAAGAAGAAAAACAGCAACAACAAUUAGAAAUAGAAAGUAAUAGUUCUGGUGAUGAACAAGAAAAUCCAUUACAAAAUUUAUUAUUAUCAUUUUCAAAUACUACUAAUUUACAAGUGACUGCUAUUGAUUCUAAUUCAGAAAGUGAUGUAUGUAGUGAUAAGGAUGAUAUUGAUAAGAAUGAUAAAGAAACCAAUAAUUUAACAUUGCAAUUCGACAAUAUAGAUGAGAAGGUAGAUUUAACAAGUGAUAAUGAAGACAUUAAAAUAAAAGAGAUUGAUGAAGAAGAUCCAGAAACAGCUCAAGAAGAUGCUGGUUAUUUAAAAGAUCCAUUUUCAAUUCAUCUUCAUAAUGAUUUAAGUGAUAAACUUUAUGAAGCAGUUUCUAAUGUUCCACAAAUUAUGGAAACGCAAAAGAUAACUUGGCCUGUUUUAGGCAAUCUCAUAUGUGAAAUAUCAAAAUCUUUUGAAGAUUCAAAAGACACAAAAAAAUCUAAUAUUUCUGUUUUAGAACAUAAACAAUUUGCUAAAUGUGGUACUAUCCCUGAAUUAAUUGAUAAUAUAGAGUGGAAUAAAUUAUAUAUAAAAUCUCAAAUUCAUGGUAAUAUUAUAAAAGCAAAUUAUUCAAAUAUAAAAGAUAAUGUAAAUUCAUUUGCUAUGACUCCUUUGCAAAAGGAAUUAUUUUCAAUAAUAAAUAAUUAUCAAGAUUUAUAUUAUCCUGAAAGAACAUUUUUUAAUGCUGAUCAAAUAAGAUUUGUGUAUUGUUUGCAUAUAAUCAAUCAUGUGUUAAAAACACGUACAAAAGUAUUACAUCAUAAUGCAAAAAUAAAAUCAAAAUCUACAAAUAUAACAGAAAUUCCAGAUGAAUAUAGAGAUCAAGGUUUAGUAAGACCAAAAGUUUUAAUAAUAGUUCCUUUUAGACAUUCAUGUUUAAAAAUUGUUGAAUUAUUAAUAUCUAUUUUAAUUGGAAAAGACGAAGGUGGUUCUGUAAUGAAUAAGAAGAGAUUUAUGGAAGAUUUUAGUGGUGAUAAAUUAAUAAUGCCAAAAAGGAAUCCAAAACCUGAAGAUUAUGAAUUGACAUUUCAAGGAAAUACAGAUGAUACGUUCAAAAUAGGAAUUGCUAUUACAAAAAAAACUUUAAAAUUAUAUUCAGAAUUUUAUUCUUCUGAUAUAAUAAUUUCAUCUCUAUUAGGUUUAAGAAUAUUAAUAGGUGCAGAAGGUGAAGCAGAUAGAGAUUAUGAUUUCUUGGCAUCAAUAGAAUUAUUAAUUCUUGAUCAAGCAGAAUUAUUUUUAAUGCAAAAUUGGGAUCACAUGAUACAUGUAUUAAAUCAUUUACAUUUACAACCUAAGGAUUCUCAUGGGACAGAUUUUUCUAGAGUAAGAAGUUGGUGUGUAAAUGGAUGGACUAAAUACUAUAGACAGACAUUAAUAUUUUCAAGUAUUCAUGUACCUGAAAUUUAUGGAAUAUUUAAUAAGAAAUGUUACAAUUAUGCAGGAAAAAUAAAAGUAAUAAAUUCUAUUUCUUCUGGAUCUAUUUGUCAAAUAGCUAUGCAGAUUCCACAAGUAUUUCACAAAUUUGAAACUUUAAAUCAUUCUCAUGCCUUAGAAUAUAGAAUGGAAUUCUUUAUAACAAAAAUACUUCCUCAGUAUAAGGAUAGAAUUAUGAAUCAUUCACUGAUUUUUAUACCAUCUUAUUUUGAUUUUGUAAAAUUACGUAAUUAUUUCAAAAAAGAAGAAUAUAGUUUUGUACAAAUUUGUGAAUAUUCCAAAGAUGCAAAAGUAGCAAGAGCAAGAGACAUGUUCUUUCAUAGUGAUGCACAUUUCCUUCUAUAUUCAGAACGAUUUCACUUUUUUCGUAGAAUAAGAGUGAAAGGUAUAAGACAUAUUAUAUUUUAUGCACCACCAAUUUUUCCUCAAUUUUACACAGAAAUGUGCAAUUUAAUGCAAGAAGCUAAUCAAAAUCCACGUUCAGGAUCUGAAAGUAAUAUGACAGUUACUGUUUUAUAUUGUAAAUAUGAUAUUAUGCAAUUGUCUGCAAUUGUGGGUACUCAAAGAGCUAAUCAAAUGCUUGCCUCAGAAAAAUCUAUUCAUAUGAUUAUGACUGGUGAAUAGGGAACAAAAAUAUAUUGUAAAUAUUUUAUGUAACUUUAUGUAAUUAUUUUAAUGUCAAUUGUAUAUUAUCACUCUUGAUAUUAUUAAAUAUAAAAAUUUAGUAUUGCAGUUUAUAUUAUUAAUAAUAAAAAAUAUUUUAUUUAA